AUAAAAAUCGUGUUUGAACGUAGUCCGCCCGUCAGUUGGUACCUUUUUUUUUUUUUUUUGCAUACAGUACACUGUUUACAUUCGGGCAGGUUUAACCAAUCUACGACUUGCAAUUGACAACAGAUGGUACAAGUAAUUAUUGAACCUGGUAAAAGUUCAGCAGAUCAAAGCAAUCUUAUUAUUUUGGAUUUUCAAGGAAGUUUUGAUAUUGGCGAUCAACUUGAUUUCAGAAACCUGAAAAUUGGAGAUCUCAACUUACAAGAAAACUCUGCAGAACUGAUCAUCGGUCACCAUCGUUUAAUCGGUAAAAAGAUUACCUUAGCGAAACCGUUUGCAGUAAUUCGUAAGCGAAAGCAAGUUGAAGAUGCAAUGACGGACGAAGAAACCGUUCAGUAUGAUGUAACGGCCAUUGUCAAAGAGAAGUAUGUUUUCUCCACGAGACCUGGAUUGAUGGUUCAGCAAAGCCUUCGAGGCCUAACAAAAAUAGGUCGAAAGUAAAAAGUAACAAAGCCUCUCGCACUUCGUCAGCAAAAAAAAAAAAAUCAACUAGUUCAUUUUGCAUUUGGCAGAAAAUGAUUUGCUUUGCUAUAAUAUUUUAUGUAUACCCCCCCCCUCAAGAGUUUUGCC